GAACCCACCAAAAUUCACCACUACACAGUGAACCUGUAUAUAUAAAUCGAAUUUUGCUUCGUUCAAAGCACGCACGCCUCCACACAAAUCUCUUCCUGUCUCUCUCUCUUUCUACAUCCUUUCGCUAAAACCCUUCGUGAAAGGAAAGCCACUAUGGUUGAUCAGGUUCAGCAACCUACAAUCAUGGAGAAGGUCACUGGCCAACUCCAUCGUCGAUCUGGUCUUUCAUCUGGUAUUAGGGGUUAUGAUGCCACCUACCGCAAUCCUGCCGUGUUCCAAAAGUACUCCUAUGGAAAUUACUCAAAUGCAGCAUUUCAGAAUCCAUGCAGGGCCACUGUUGAUUUAUCUGCAGUUGCAACAACCGCUUCACCUGUCUUUGUUGCUGCCCCUGCUGAAAAGAGCCACUUUCUUAUUGACUUUCUCAUGGGUGGUGUUUCUGCUGCAGUUUCCAAAACUGCUGCUGCUCCCAUUGAACGUGUUAAGCUUUUGAUCCAAAACCAGGACGAGAUGAUCAAAACUGGCAGGCUUUCUGAGCCCUACAAGGGUAUUGGCGAUUGUUUCAAAAGAACAACAGCUGAUGAGGGUUUGGUUGCUCUUUGGAGAGGAAACACUGCCAAUGUGAUCCGUUAUUUCCCCACUCAGGCUUUGAACUUUGCAUUCAAAGAUUACUUCAAGAGGCUUUUCAAUUACAAGAAGGACAGAGAUGGUUACUGGAAAUGGUUUGCUGGCAACUUGGCAUCUGGAGGUGCUGCUGGUGCUUCAUCCCUCCUGUUUGUUUACUCUCUUGAUUAUGCCCGUACUCGUCUUGCCAAUGAUGCUAAGGCAGCUAAGAAAGGAGGAGAAAGGCAGUUCAAUGGUCUUAUUGAUGUCUACAAGAAGACUUUGGCAACUGAUGGAGUUGCUGGGCUUUACCGUGGUUUCAACAUCUCCUGUGUUGGAAUCAUUGUGUACCGUGGUCUUUAUUUUGGAUUAUACGAUUCCCUCAAACCAGUUCUUUUGACUGGAAAGUUGCAGGAUAGCUUUUUCGCCAGCUUUGGGCUUGGAUGGCUCAUCACCAAUGGUGCUGGUCUAGCAUCAUACCCAAUUGACACUGUCAGGAGAAGAAUGAUGAUGACAUCUGGAGAAGCUGUCAAGUACAAGAGCUCCUUGGAUGCAUUCAAACAAAUCCUCAAGAACGAGGGUGCCAAGUCAUUGUUCAAGGGAGCUGGUGCUAACAUCCUCCGUGCCGUUGCUGGUGCUGGUGUGCUCGCUGGUUAUGACAAGUUGCAGGUUAUUGUGUUCGGCAAGAAAUAUGGAUCUGGUGGUGCCUAAGUAUUUAGUGUCUCUUAAGUCAAAUUUAUUGUUUUUAGAUGGCGAUGAAAAUCAUUUAAGUUCCGAGAGUUAGACUAAUUGCUGCAGCAAAUUUUGUUUAAUAAAUUUACUCGGGGGGAUUCUAUCCCAAACUCUUUUAAAUUUUGGUCGGAAAGUUGAAAUUUAUAGCAUGAUUUGUUGGAGUGGCAGGAUAAGUUACUGUCAUUUGGAAUUUCUUUUUUAUGAUUCUGAAAUAUAUCACAUACAAUGUUGUCUUAUUUCAAGAAUAAAAUGCUUUUUUAUUUCA